GCCUAUACCAUGGCUGUUACGGAAAAAUGCGAUGUCUACAGCUUCGGGGUGGUGGCAUUGGAAACCAUGUUUGGGAGUCAUCCGGGGGAUUUUCUUGCAUCCGUGUUCAUGUCCAAAUUACAAUUUCCGCAAAACUUGUUGCUAAAGGAGUUGUUGGAUAAGAGGCUACCGGCUCCCGAUGACGAAGAUCUAAAGGCGGCAAGAGAUGUGGUUCGUGUAGUGAGAAUAGCACUAACAUGUGUGAGUUCAGACCCAAAGUCUCGACCGUCGAUGAGUCGAGUUUGUGACCAACUUGAUGUCCGCGGGCCACCACUUCCCAUGCCGUUACGCAGCAUAUCUAUCUCGCACCUCAUGCAUAGUUAGUGAGUUAUUUUGAAAAGAAACUCGAUAUUAUAAUUCAGAGUAAUUAAUUUUACCAAAAUAUCAUAGCAUAUUCGGCCAAAUUUUUACUCGACUGCACAAAUUGUCAGCUUAAUAGCAUGUGCUAAUCUAUAUAAAUGUUACAAAUAAUGAAGUUACAAAUUUCAAUAUGUUGUUAUUAUGCUUUCACGUAAAAUAAUGAAGUUAUUUGAAU